AUGGCAGACGCAACUGGACUUGGGCCUCUCAAAACGGCAAGAGGCUACUACGAGCGAGCAUGGCGACAGGAACUGAAGCGCAUACAUCCGCAUUGGACGGCGGCUACCAUACGGAAGAAUUUGAAGUGGCUGUGGGAUAGUCGCACACAGGCUGAAGAGGAUGCAUGCCAACUUCUGGUUGACAAUGGAGCGAGCGCACACCCCGUUAUCGACGUCAAUAUUGCGCCUCAUAGUUCGGUGGAAGAUAACAUGCCACCGGAUGCUCGAGCGGCGUUUUGGAGUACGUGGGCUGCUCAGGCUGGAGUGGCUCCUGUGGUUCUACCAGCUGUACUGCCAGCACCAGCACCAGUACCAGCUCCAGUCCUCCCAGUCCAGCCCCUCAACUCAUCCGUGACCUUCCUCCCAGCGAUCCCCCACAUGACCGAACUCCCCAAGUUCCCUACCGAAAGAGACGAGCACGCCGACUGGGUAGCCCACGACCCCAGCGAUCUGAUUUCCUUCCCGGACUCUACACCCGCAGACCGCUGGCAAGGCGCACGCAUGCUCGGCCGAGGCGCCAAAGGGGUCGUAGGACUCUUCGUGAAGCUAGACGAGCACGACAACAUCGUCGACCGCGUAGCCAUAAAAGACACGGCCAAAGAUCCCCCAGAAGUCUGGUUCGACCUCAUCCGUUGGCGCGACAGACUCCCCAUGGACAUCGCCAUCCUAGAGCGUCUCGAGACCCAAGGUGCCCAUCUCAACAUCCUCGCCUACCGCGGCUACCGCCUUAGCACGAUCCAGCAGCGCUACCGCCUGUACAACGCCGUCUGCGACUACGGCUGCCUAAUGGACGCGCUGGAAUUCUACUCCGCGCCCUGGCGCCGCCGCCGUAACACACAUCGUAAAAUGGAGUUCGACACCAUCUUUGGCACAGACGAAGCCAAGCGCCUCGCUGCUGCAGCGUACGAAUUCGCAAGCCCGUUCGACUCCGUGGCGGCGGCGCAGAAGGCGCUCGCGACGGAGGAUCUGUGGGGGGAUGGCGAGGUGGAUGAUUGGAAGAAGGGCCCUUUUGCGCUGCCGACGGAGGUCAUCCCCGAGGCGUUUCUGUGGGAGGUGUUCCGCUGCUUGGUCGAGGCGUGUAGUUACCUGGAGAGCGGGGCGGGCGUGGAUCUCGGGCCGGGUAAGGACUGGAGGCCGAUUCUGCACGCGGAUCUGCAUCUGCAGAAUGUGUUUGUUAUGCCGCCCGAGCCGGAUACGGGGGAGCGUGUUGACGAGGAUAUGGCUUCUCCUGGAGAGGAGGGAGACGGAGAAGAUGGGAGGAAAACUUACGUCGAUGGCCCCGAGCCGUCCUCGCGGACUUCGACAGAGCGCAAUUCGACCUCCAAGGCCCAGGCGACUACUACCAAGACAACCCAUGGCACUACCUCUCCGACCACGGCGCCGAGAACCUAG